AUGAAUGGGACAGCUAUUGAAAAUUUUGCCUGUGUCAUUUUUAAUGUUUCCUUCAUGAACUGCACCUGGCAUGUGGGCAGCACUGCUACAGAAGAUACCCAAUAUUUCCUUUACUGGAGGCUCUCAGAGAAAGAAGAUGUCACAGAAUGCCAAAAUUACAUCGAAGACAACUGUGGAAGGCACACAGGAUGUCGAUUUCAAAACAUGACAAUUGAAAAUAAGAAUGCCUAUUUCCUGGUAAAUGGGUCCAGCAGCGAAAAAAGCAUUCAGUCAUAUGAGGAUAAGAUAAUGCUAUACCAAAUUGAAAAACUCACCCCUCCACUAAAUGUAACAGUGAGCUGUACAGAAGCUUCUCAUAGAUGUAGCAUUUGGUGGCAACCACCUCGCACAACUCAUGUGAAAAAAAGUAGCUGUUUCAAAUACGAAAUUUUCAUAGAAAACAAGGCUGAUGCUGUGAAAGACACCAAAACUGCAUCUAAAACAAAAGCAAUCACUGAAAAAACCUCCUACCUAUAUGAAAGCUUCAGCUCAGAAAAAAGGUACAGCGUCAAAAUCAGAGCAACAGAUGCGGGCUUUUGUUUAGUAAGCCCAAACUGGGGAGAGUGGAGUACACCUGUGGAGUUUGGCAUGAAUGGGUCAGCCAUUGAAAACUUCUCCUGUGUGAUUUAUAACAUCUUCCUCAUGAACUGCACUUGGCAGGCAGGAAGGGAUGCUCCAGCAGACACACAGUAUUUUCUCUACUGGCAGAAGUCAAGAGAUGAAGAGAAAAUGGAAUGUGAGCUUUACAUUAAAGAUGAAAAUUUCAGAAAUAUGGGAUGUAUCUUCCAAAACGUGAGCAUAGGGACUGAGAAAGCUUACUUCCUGGUGAAUGGGUCUAGCAAAGACUCCCUGAUCCAGUUCUAUGAUGAGUACAUUGACCUGUAUAAAAUUGAAAAGCUCAUGCCUCCAUCAAAUAUUACAGUCAAGUGUGAUGAAAUUAAAAAUGAUUGCAUAAUUCAAUGGCAACGACCCCAAAUAAGUCAUUCUAACAAAGAUAAGUGUUUUAAAUAUGAAAUUAACAUAAAGCAUAAGGAUAAUCUUAAAGGAAGACCCAUAUAUAUUUCCAUACAAGAAGGGGAAAAUAGUAAUGUUUUUCUAAGAUCCAAUACAAGAAAAAAGUAUGUCCUGAAAGUGAGAGCAGCUGGCAGUGCCUGCUUCGUGAACCCAGCCUGGGGGGAAUGGAGUGCACCUGCUGAGUUUGGAAACGAGGAAAUUAUAUCUUCUUCAGUAUGGAUUUUACUUGGGGUUGCAACACCCUUAUUGGCAAUCAUCACAACUUUUUUCUGCAAAAAGACUAGCUGUUGGAAGGCAGCAUUUCCACAGAUCCCAGGACCAAAACCUGCUCUUUUUACAUGGGCUGAUACAAAUCCAGAGCUGAUGGAGAGCAAAAUUCAGUCAAUAGCAUCUGAAAAUGAAGAGGUAGUAUUAGUUGCUGACAUAGUGAGAUAACCAAGAAAAAUGGAGGAGUCUGAAAGUGCAUUUCAUAGACAACUGUGUAUCCCUGUG